GAAGUGAAUAGUAAAUUUUUUCACAACUCUUCCAUAGCUUCUUCCGAUUUGAUUUCUGAGAUAUCUCAACUAUCGAUCUUUUGAAGGGGCAUUGAGAUACUCUACUACGAAUUUAUUUGUCGCGGCGACGUUCUCACGGGAAAGAAAAAGAAGAACGUGAUCUAUCUUGGAGAUAAGGAUCAAGAGGUUGCUGAUAGCUGAUAGCUACCUCUAAUUAUUUGAUCUCGUCAGACAUCUUCAAAAUUCAUACUUCAGUUUCACAUUGGUGAUAUCACUCUCUUCAUACAUCGACAAGAUGGAUUUCUCAAAACCAAUGCAUAUCGUCAUUAUCGGCGGCUCCAGCACCGGCCUCAUGCACGGCACCAUGCUCUCCCACCUCCCCACCCCCCACACCCUCACCAUCCUCGAACGACACAGCUCCUCUCUACGUCCCGAUCUCGCCGCCGGCAUCACCACCUGGCCCGAAUUCGAACUCUUCAUGAAAUCCCACGACCGCGUUGCAGAACCCUGGUCGAUCCAUUCUCCCACGGUGCAAUUUUUAAAUAAAGAUGCCAGUGUGAAGAGAGAGAUGAAGAGGGAAUUGAAGAUGACGAGUUGGAGCGUGAUUUACUAUCGUCUGAGACGGAAUUUUGAUGGUUUGAAGAGUGAAUUUUGUGAUGGGGAAGUAGUGGUUCCUGAAUCGGAAGAAGGGAAGGAUGACGAUGAAGAAGAAGAAGAAGAAGAUCAAGGAAAAGGAAAGGGAAAAGGAAAACGUGAAUUCUUGACUGGAAUGAAUGUUACAUCUCUCACCAAACUUUCCGAGGGCGGCGUUGAGAUAACCUACGAGGAUAAGAAUGAAGCAAACAAAGAAGUCAAAAUGAAAGCCGACAUGGUAAUUCUAGCCGACGGAGCAAAUUCCUCUCUGAGAGCAAAAUACUUUCCAGAUGUCAAGAGAGAAUAUGCAGGCUAUGUAGCCUUUCGAGGAACUGUCUUGGAAUCAGAGGUUUCGGAAGAGACGAAGAAGAUUUUUGAUCCUAGUUUGACGUAUUUUUCUUACAGGGGAGGAUAUAUACUUUUAUACAUCAUCCCCGGUCCAAACGGCUCCCUCGCCCCCGGUUCCCGUCGCUACAACUGGGUAUGGUACCACCCCAUCGAUUCCUCCUCCCCCUCCCUCACCUCCCUCAUGACCGACACGACCGGACUCCUCCACCGCACCACCCUCCCCGCCGGCCUCAUGAACCCCACAGCCUGGACCCCCUACCUCACUCUCUCCCAAUCCAUCAUGUGCGCCCCCUUCGCAGAAAUCAUUUCCAAAACGCCUUCUCCCUUCAUAACCGCCAUUAACGAUUCCGCACUACCAUGCGCGCUACUCCCCGGUUUCGACAACAGAGUCCUAAUAACCGGCGAAGCGCUAAAUCUCAUGCGACCACACAUGGCGCUCAGCACGACGCAAAGCGCCAUGCAAGCAUUAGAGCUAGAGAAAGUAUUUACCGGCAAGUUAUCGCUAGGCGAGUGGGAAAAACGAGUGGUGAAGUGGGGAAAAGUGGGAGUGUGCAAGACGAAUGCAUUUGGACUUUGGAAUUUGAGUGGUUUGGGGGCUGCGUUGCCGUGGGUGCUGAGGUUAUUGGGGGUUUUGGUGGGAAUUUUGUGAGGGGAAGAAGGGUAGGGGAAGAAGGAUAGGGGAAUGAAUAUGCUGGAGUGGAUGUGGAAUUGAGAUAUCGAUGCCCAGCGAUACAGAGCAAUACCAUAAAAUUCCCACAUCAUACAUCAUGCAUCACUCAUCAUCCAUCAUCGGAAAGAAAGAAGGAAAAAAAGAAAAAGAAAAAAAAAAGCGCAAAGAAAAUUCUCCAAUCACAAAGGCAGAAAGCCAGCCAGCCAGCCAGCCAGUCCGUCCGUUCCUCAUCCAAGAACGAAGAUAAACACAGCAAACUCGCAACACCAAAAGUUACAUACAUACAAUCCAUAGAUAGAUAUCCCAUCCCUUUGCAAUUGCGAUUUUCCCUCCGAUUUUCUUUCUUUCCAUCUACCUACCUACCCACCUAUUUAUUUAUUCAUUUAUUUAUUCAUUAGCUAGCUAUGUAACAAGCUUGCUAUAUUGCACAUGAUAUAUUAAAAAAUCCCAAAUUAUUCAAACAUCUGA